CCAAGAGGCCAGAAGCACCCCACUAUCUCUUUGUCACAUCCUCCUCUCCUCUCCACUUCUCUUACUCUACCUUGAUGAUAUACUGAUAGCAAGGGACUCCAUUUUCCUCCCCUACGAGCUCUUGCUCUCCCUCAGGGAGCUGCUGUUGUAAAGCAGUAAGAGGAGGAGUAGAUGCUGUGCUUGGAUGGUGUGUAAUUACAUUCAGUGAAAGGCUAUGAUUCUGAGCCAGAUGGACCAAGUCUCGUCAGUGAUUAUAGACUGCGGCCGUUUCUGUACUGGAUGUACUGGCUUUACCAUCCUGGCCGCCCUGGAGAACUGAGCCACGGGAAAAAGGAGCACAGCAGUGAUGAGCCUGUGGACUUGGGUCGAAAGAGACCCAGAGAAGACUUCUGAGCCAUGAAAUGUACCUUUCCACCGAUAUGUCGUACCCCCCUCACCUAAAUCGGAUUCCCCAGCUGCCUCCUGGUAUCCCCCCUCCACAAUUUGGAGGGUAUCCUCCCACAGUGCCUCCAGGAGCUCCAAUGAUUCCAGUUCACAUGGGCAUAAUGACGCCUGCACCAACGGUACUGGUCCCCUCCACAGUAUCUGUGACACAGAAGCCAACAGUGGUAAGGAAGGAGGCAAUCACAACACAAGCCAAGGGGACAGAGGAGAGUAGUAACAACACCAACACUACUGCCACCACUGGUGGCCCAACCACCACAGUGUUUGUGGGAAACAUUUCAGAAAAAGCUUCAGACAUGCUUGUCCGACAGCUUCUAUCGAAGUGUGGCCUGGUUCUCAGCUGGAAAAGAGUCCAGGGAGCCUCUGGAAAACUUCAAGCGUUUGGGUUCUGUGAGUACAAGGAACCUGAGUCCACCCUCCGGGCCCUGCGGCUGCUCCACGAGCUGCAGAUCGGGGACAAGAAGCUGCUGGUGAAGGUCGACGCCAAGACCAAGGCCCAGCUGGACGAGUGGAAGGCCAAGAAAAGAAAUGCCAAUGGGGCAGCAAAGCCUGAGGAUGGUACAAAGGACGAGGACGAUGAAGAGGAGAGUUUGGAUGAAGAGACAAAGCGCCGGGACCAGACCGUGAAAGGGGCAAUCGAAGGCCUAAUUCGUGAGUACUCCAGUGAGCUCAAUGCCCCCUCUCAGGACUCGGACUCACACCCCCGCAAGAAGCGGAAAGAGAAGAAAGAGGAGGUAACAUUAUCACUCUCCCUUCUCAGUCUGUUUACUUUGUUUCUGUCCUAGGAGGAUAUCAAUGCCAUCGAGAUGGAGGAGGACAAAAGAGACUUAAUAUCCAGAGAGAUCAGCAAGUUCAGAGACACUCACAAGAAACUGGAGGAGGAGAAGGAGAAGGAGCGGCUGGAGCUGGAGCGCGAGCGGCGGGAGCGGGACAAGGAGCUGCCUUGAGGAGCGCGAAGGAGGGACCGGAGGGACGAGAGGAGAGAAGGAGAUUGGCGAAGCGACCUCAAGGAGCGGGAGAAGGAGCGCGAGAGGGAGCGCGAGCGAGACCGAGACCGCGACAGGGAGUGGGAGAGGAACAAGGAGAGGGAGCGCGAGCGCGAGAGGGAGCGCGAGGAGAGGAGCCGCGACCGGAGCCGUGACCGCAGCAGGUCCAGGGAGCGUAACCGGGAAGAGAAGAAGAGAGACCGGGAGGAGGAUGAGGAGGAGGCGUACGAACGGCGGAAACUUGAGAGGAAGCUCAGGGAGAAGGAGGCCGCCUACCAAGAGCGGCUGAAGAACUGGGAGAUCAGGGAGAGGAAGAAAGCGCGGGAUUACAGCAAAGAUGCUGAAAGAGAAGACGAGCGACGUCGAGAAAUGGCUAAAGAGGCCAAACGGCUGAAGGAGUUUUUGGAGGAUUACGACGAUGAUCGGGACGACCCAAAAUACUACAGGGGGAGUGCUCUUCAGAAGCGCACGAGGGACCGCGAGAAGGAGCAGGAGAGGAGGAGGAGGAGGAGGAGGAGGGAGGAGGAGGAGGAGGAGGAGGAGGAGGAGGAGGAGGAGGAGGAGGAGGAGGAGGAGGAGGAGGAGGAGGAGGAGGAGGAGGAGGAGGAGGAGGAGGAGGAGGAGGAGGAGGAGGAGGAGGAGGAGGAGGAGGAGGAGGAGGAGGAGGAGGAGGAGGAGGAGGAGGAGGAGGAGGAGGAGGAGGAGGAGGAGGAGGAGGAGGAGGAGGAGGAGAAGCCCUGCCUGAAGCCCACGCUCCGGCCAAUCACCUCGGCGCCGUCCAUCUCCUCCGCCAGUGGCAAUGGCACACCCCUCACACCCGGCAACGAGUCGCCCUGCGGCAUCAUCAUCCCCCAUGAGAACUCGCCGGAAGCCCAGCCUACUGAGGAGCACCGGCCAAAGAUCGGCCUCAGCCUCAAGCUAGGAGCCGCAGGCAGCCCUGGUCAGCCACACGUGGUCAAGCGCAAGAAGCUUGCGACAGUGGACAGUGUCUUCAACCGCUUCGAUGAGGAAGAGGAAUCGGAGGCGCCCCGCAAGCGCAAGCUGGUGCCGCUGGACUACGGCGAGGACGACCGCGGCGGCAACCUGGGACUGGACGGUCUGGACGUGAGCGCGACCAAGGGCGGCGCCAACAGCGAAGAGAAGCGCCGGCACAUCAAGAGCCUGAUCGAGAAGAUCCCUACGGCCAAGACGGAGCUCUUCUCCUACCCACUGGACUGGUCCAUAGUAGACUCGACUCUAAUGGAGCGGCGGAUUAGGCCAUGGAUCAACAAGAAGAUCAUCGAGUACAUUGGCGAGGAGGAGGCCACUCUGGUUGACUUUGUAUGCUCCAAGGUGAUGGCGCACAGCACCCCACAAACUAUACUCGAUGAUGUUGCCAUGGUGCUGGAUGAGGAAGCUGAGGUCUUCAUAGUGAAAAUGUGGCGGCUGCUGAUUUAUGAAACUGAGGCCAAGAAGAUAGGCCUGGUGAAGUAAAGGUUCCGGUUAGAGGGGCGAAGUCUGUCUGCCCUGCCUGUGCCCUCCCCCCCCAGACUAUUUAUUUAACCCCAUGCAGACUAUGGGUCCUCAGAAACGGCACGACCACAAGAGCAUGGGCCUACACACCCCUGUCCUGCUAGAGAGAAAGCUCCUGUACAAAGUGGUGUGUAUGUAUGUAUGGUAUGUAUUUGUGUGUGUGUGCGUGUGCGUGCGUUUGUGUGCGUGCACAUGUGGUUGGGUGUGCGUGUGUGUGUGUGUGUGUGUGUGUGUGUUAAAGGGAGAGAGAUGUUAAUGUGGAAGUGCUAAAAUGUGACCUGGCUCCAUGGCCAAUCUGUUGGCCAAAUAGGGGUGAGAUGGACUAUGGCCUGUUGCGGUUUCUUUUUUUAAAUAUGGCUCCUGCCACCAAAGUUCAGCCUUCUCCGCCAUGCACUUGCUUCCAGUUUGGAUGAUCGAUGAGCACUCAGGGCGACUCUUCUGACAGGUGUCACUAAGAGGACUGCCCUGGUUUAUCAUAGUCUGUAUUUAUAAUGAGCUUGGCAGGAGGCCCACCCAGAUCAUUGAAGAGACCGGAUGAAAGUUUGUUUUGGAAUGUGGGGUCUGUCUUUGAAAUGUUUUGGUUUUUGAGAAAUAUGGGUGCUUUGCACUCUGACCCACAAGACUUUUGUGUCCAUAGUAAGUGUCCAUGACUAUAAAAUUAAAUAAUGCUUUCCUAAA